GUAUCCAGUUGUGCAUUAGUAACGUCAGUGUAAAUGUUUUGUUAGGUGCUUUAUAACUCUGUAAAGAUUGUUAGAAAGUUUUUAAUCAUUUUUCAUAUGGAUCACAUAACUUAACAGGAAAAAAGUGUACAUCGAAAUGAUUGAGUCUUGUACCAAAAAACGAAUGUUAAUUGGCAUUACUUUGUUAGGAGGAUUAACAGUCUUAGUAUUAAUUGUUGAAAGUCACUGGACAGAUAGUCCUAAUAAACUUUAUCUGGAAAAUUUUGAAAAUAAUACAACAUGUAUAUCUGGAGAGGAAUAUGAAAUAAUUUCAGAAUGCCAUCCGUGUACUGCAUUUGAAAUAGCUAGUAAAAGCAUUGAUAUAUGUGUCCAUGCAAGAUACAAAGAAGUAUUGAAAUGUAAAAGUGGUGAAACUAUAACAAGAAGUUGUGAUAGGGUAGCUUGGCUAGAAGAAAGGGCAUUUUGGAAGUUUGAAAUACUUAUGUUUCUUCUGGCAUUUAUGUCCUGCAUCAGUGUCUAUUGGAGAGAAAACAUUUUAAGACAAAGAAUAAUAAGAAAAGUAGCUAGGCAAUUAAAGGCUGGUGUAUAGUUUGCCUAGAUGAAUUAGU